AUGGAGAUCAGCCUGGCAAGAGACAUUAUGGCUUUCUGUUUGAGCCAAACACAGGAGCGUGCAGCUGAAGAGCUCCAAAGGCGGCGGCGUGGUGAGCGCUGUGCAGAGCUGCUCGACCAGGUGUUGCGACGGCAGCAGGUCGCUCACGAAGUUGGGCGCUUCGCCGGGCUCGAGAUGUCCAGUCGGCUUUGUGCCUUAUCGCGGUUUCACGGGGCCAACUUGCGCAGCUCGCUCGCGCUGCUGCGUCAGGAUGCCCGGCCUGAGCUCUACGUUUUCGGUGGCCAAACUAGCCGUCAAACUCUUGCCUCGGUCGAGCGCUUCGACUGGGACUCCAGCACCUGGGAAUCCCUGCCGCCCAUGCCCACAGCGAGGAGCUUCUGCUGCGCCGCAGCCCUGGGCGGCAAACUCUUCGUCUUCGGUGGCGAGAGAGACCAACGUGCAGCUUUCGCGGCUGCCGAGUGCUUCGACCCCGUCAGUGGCGACUGGGAGCGGCUGCCACCUCUUCCAACGCCUAGGGCCGGGUGCUGCGCCGCUGCGGCGGCCAAGCGGCUCAUGGUUUGCGGCGGCCUUGUCAUGGCCUGGCAAGUCUUGGACGUGGCUGAGGGCUACGAUCCCGAUAGCCGAAAAUGGCAGAGGUAUCCACCGAUGCCGACUCCUCGAUGCGGGUGUGCUGCUGCCGGCUUUGCCGACCGGGUACUUGUUUGCGGUGGCCAGCUUGCAGAUGGGACGGUCUUGGACAAGGUCGAGAUGCUGUCGGUGCCCACAGAGAGCUGGGAGUGCCUGGCAGCACUGCCAUCUGCAAGGAGCGGCUGCAGUGCGGCAGUGGUUGCAGGAACCUUGCUUGUAGUUGGUGGACUCGGCGGGAGCGGGCUCACAAUCCCAGUUGUGGACCGCUUCGACUGUGAGGCCAGGGAGUGGACCUCGCCUCUCUCCGUCACGCUUGCCCGGGCUGGUGCUGCCCUUUGCGUCGUUGGGCACACCAUCCAUUUGCUCGGAGGCUUCGAUGGCAACCGACAAGAUUGCGACCACCACGAUGCCCUGGAUCUGCGAACAAGCACCGUUUGUGCACUUCGGCCGCUGCCGGCCCCGAGGAGCCCGAAUGAGGUUGUGCUGCGGCGCUGCCGUGGCCCGUUAGUGGAGAAAAGUUCAAUCGGCUUCGAACAUCGUGCAACCUUCUCUUGUGGCCAGGACAACCUCUUCGGCGAUUGGGCCUGCAUGAGGACUGUGAUCCGCGAAGGCGAAGGUUGGGGCUGCCUCAUGGAGGACUGCGAGGUGGAGAUUUCCAUCCGGGCAGAGGCAGAGGAUGGACGAACGCUUGAAGAGCUGCGGCAGGUGCCGUACAAUCUCGGCUCGGGAAAGCUUGGCGACCUCAGCCGUGUAGCCGAUCGUGCCCUGCGCGAUAUGAAGCGUGGGCCUGAGACAGCCCAAAGCACGUUGCCGGCAGGGCCAAGUGGAAUGAAUCAAAGUAGAGACUCCGAGUACUUAGAGGCUGCGACGACAGGAACCGGAAAGGAGACGGUGCAGGACUCCCAACGCUUCGAGGGCUUGAAAGGGGAGACGUUGUCGAAGCAGAAGUUUCCGUACGCAGUUCGUGCUACUCAGGACACGGCACAAGACCGGAAGCAGCGAAAGCUUGAUGGCUUCUUCAGGUCGCACUCGGCACCUGCCUUGGCCGCCAGCGUGGCGUCACCGCUGCGCUCAAAGUCGGCACCCGUGCUCGGGCAGGAGCUGAGAGAUGCGACGUCUUUGCGUUUGAAAGGCACAAGCCGCAUGGACAUUCGUGGUCGAUCGAAAAACGAGGUGGUCAACGUUGACGAUUCCGAUGAAGAGACCCAACGCAAGCCAGGCGCCAAAUCAAAGUCGUGGCCUCGUGUCCUUCGCAUCUCGGCCGGCCGCGUGGCUGCAGCCGCCGGCCUCCAUCGCCAUGCCGACCCGGGCGAAGUCUUCAUAGAGCUGCUGUACCAGGAUUUGCCUGACAUGCUUCUCGCAGACGCUGCGGACGCCAGUGUUGAGAUUGUCUCGCCACAAGCGGAGCGCGCGCGUCUCCUCGCGAAGAGUGGCGAGGCAGAAGCCCUCGAGGCGGCUUUGUGCGAGGCCUUCCAGGCACCCAAGGUCGAGGCGGCACAGGCCGCCCGCGAGGCCAUCGCGAAAGCAGUGGAGGCCGCGGAGCACAAGCAAAGUUUGACUGCGGAAGAGGCUCGGGACCUUCGCCAAACAUUGGAGUUGGAAGUCAACUUGGAUUUUGGGGCACGGCACGAAGACGCUGCCAUCGAGGUCUACCAGGAGCGCGUGGGCAGCCAGGUGUACGGGCAGCAGCAUCGAGUUUGUUUGCCUUUGCCGGCCGACGGUGCCACACACGCGCUUUGUCAAGCAUUUCCUGCCCCCCAUGAAGGCACUCGUCCACGUGAAGACAUCAAGACCAAUGCUGUCGGACAAGAAAGCAAGCCACCGUCAGAUGUACGUGAAGUCCCUGUGCACCGGCCGUUCUUCCUCCUCACCGGCUUCGUGGACGGCCUUGUGGACGUUCAACGGCAGAGCCCCGCCCCAGCGAAUCUCUCAACUGGCGGAGGACAUCGCAUGACCACACCAGCAUCUACAGCCGAUGCUCCGAACAAGGAGACGUUGGUUGUGGAAGUGAAACAUCGCAUGGGUCGGAUCAAGGACCCUCCGGAAAUCUACGAUGUUGUGCAGCUGUGUACCUACUGCCGCGCCCUGGGCUGCGUUCGAGGAGACUUGGUACAGUGUUUGCGGUCCAAGGCUGGUGGCCAAAGCAAUGUACUGCACGUCACGCGCAUCGACUUCUCAGAAGGCAGCCCUGAUCGCAAGGGCUGGGAUGAACAGAUUUUGCCGAAGCUUUAUGAUCUGGCUGCCGCAAUCUAUGCAGCACGUGAAGAUAGAGCUUUUCGUCUUCGUCUAUUGGCUGCAGAACCAGAAGUUCGACGCCAGAUUGUUGCGGAGGCUUGUCCGCACAUGGACUAUUGA